AACUGUAAGUUACAGACAAAAAGCUUUUUAAGAAUUAACAAUUGUUUCUUACAUAUUAACAUUGAUUUGAGUUCUACGACACUACAAGGACGCUGCUGCUAAUAUUUUGAAUGCAGGAUAUUUACUGUUUGUGGAGCAUUUUCACACUGAUAUUAAUUAAUAUUAAGAAAUUAAAAACAAAUUUUUAUUAAUUACCUCAAUUUCAAAGGCUGUAGAGACUGCGUCCACACCUGCGUGCUAUAUGGUAAAAUCAGCCAGUGUGAAUGUAGAUUAAUGUCGUAUAUUUACCAAGCCUCCUCUCAGAGAUGUGGCCUGUGAGCUAAAGUGUAAAAAAAUAAAUAACAUCAGACUAAGGCUUUGUGGUAAAUAAUCAUUUAGAAUUCCAAAGAGUGAGAACUUUUCCAUAUCUUUUACAGUAAUUAUCUCAUUAAAUACAACCUCUAACUGCCUCAUUAAAGCCUGAUGGAGCUGUUUCAUAUCCUGACGGGCACUACAGCCCCCACAAUGCACUCGGCGCGGCUCGUUUCCGGUCCUGCGCCGUUUCUGGAGCGGAUUGGAACCCGGAGUCAGGAUUCGAUAAAUGAAGGGUCUCCUGCAGAGAAGGUUGGCAUAAUGGCUGAGCAGACACCAGAUGAGUUCAUCUGGUGCGAGGACUGUGGCCAGUACCAUGACUCUGAGUGUCCUGAGCUUGGACCGCUGGUGACCGUCCAGGACUCCUUCGUCCUCAGCCGAGCUCGGUCCUCUCUACCAAACAGCCUGGAGAUCAGAGAGGUGGCUGACGGGGAGGAGGGGGUGUUUGUCCUGCGACGGCUGGUGAAGAGGACCCGCUUUGGGCCCUAUGAGGCUAAGAGGGUCGCUCACCUGGAGAGGGAAGGCACGUUUCCUCUGAAGAUCUUCCAGAGGGACGGUUUGGUGGUGUGUUUUGACUCCAGCAGUGAAGAAGACUGCAACUGGAUGAUGCUGGUACGACCUGCAACGGACCACAUGCACCAGAACCUGACGGCUUACCAGCAGGACGAUGACGUGUACUUCAACACCUCCCAGGACGUGCUCCCAGGCACAGAGCUGAGGGUCUGGUACGGAGCUUUCUACGCCAAGAAGAUGGAGAAGCCCAUGCUGAAGCCUCCACUUCAACCACCACCACCUCCAUCAGAUGUGACAUCUUCAUCUGAUAAAACAGACACCUCAGAGCAAACCGGAGCCCACAUGCCCUCAGUGGCUGAAGAAAACAACGCAGGCAACAUGCUGAGUCAACUCGAUGAGGUGAAGACAGUCAGCGUGCUUCCAGCCGACCCGCUCCUGCCCCACGAAGAGAGCCUGGUCGGCCCUGAGGAAGAGGAGGAGGAGGAGGAGGAGGGGGGCCCCCCUGCAGCUCAGCCGGGCCCCAAGAGAGGGCCAGGCCGAGGGAGGAGAUCCAAGGGACGCAGGCCUGGAGCCACAGCUACUACAAGCAAAAGCAAAGAUGUGAAGCCCCCGGUGGAGUCGUCAGAGCCGGUGGCCUCAGAGGCCACAGCAGAAGAAGAAGAGAGUGCUCCAGAGAGCGGGCCCGUCCUGAAGAGACACAAAUCCAGAGAGCACAAGAGGGUGUACCGCUGCUCUCUCUGCAACAAGGUCUUCCAGAACAGCAGCAAUCUCAACAGACACAUCCGAUCUCAUGGUGACAAGCUGUUCAAAUGUGACGAAUGCGACAAGUUGUUCAGUCGCAAGGAGAGUCUGAAGCAGCACAUCUCUUACAAGCACAGCAAGAACAUGCCUGACCAGGAGUACAAAUACAAAUGCAACACGUGUGAGAAAUCCUUCCGCCUGGAAAAUGCCUUAAAGUUCCACAACUGCCGCACAGACGACAAGACGUUCCAGUGUGACAUCUGCUCGCGCUUCUUCUCCACCAACAGUAACCUCUCCAAGCACAAGAAGAAGCACGGCGAGAAGCUCUACUCCUGCGAAAUCUGCAACAAGAUGUUCUAUCGCAAAGACGUGAUGCAGGAGCACCACAGGAGGCACGGUGUGGGACCAAAGCACAUGAAGCGAGAGGAGCUGGAGGCCAAUGGAGAAGAAGGGACCAAGUACAGGAAGGAGCCGUCACCCUGUCCCAUCUGUGGCAAGGUGUUCUCCUGCAGGAGUAACAUGAACAAGCACCUGUUGACUCACGGUGAUAAGAAGUACACCUGUGAGAUCUGCGGCCGCAAGUUCUUCCGCGUGGACGUCCUUCGGGAUCACAUCCACGUUCACUUCAAGGACAUAGCCUUAAUGGAUGAGCAGGAGAGAGAAGGCUUCAUCAAGAAAAUCGGCAUCUCGGCAGGAAACAGCGACGAAACAGACGACGAUGAAGAGGAAGAUGAUCCUGAGCACCACAAGUACAACUGCAAGAAAUGUCAACUGUCAUUUGCGAAGGGGAAAGAAUACCUGAAGCACAUCAUGGAGCAGCACAAGGAGAGAGGCUACGGCUGCGCCAUCUGCAACCGACGCUUCGCACUGAAGGCCACCUACAACGCUCACCUGGUUAUCCACAGAGAGCAGCUGCCCGACCCUGCAGUGCAGAAGUACAUCCAUCCGUGUGAAAUCUGUGGCCGAAUCUUCAACAGUAUCGGGAACCUGGAAAGACACAAGAUCAUCCACACUGGGGUGAAGAGCCACAGCUGUGACAAGUGUGGCAAAUCAUUUGCGAGGAAAGACAUGCUGAAGGAGCACCUCAGGGUUCACGACGACAUCCGAGACUUCCUGUGCGCAGAGUGCGGGAAAGGCAUGAAGACCAAACACGCUCUGAGGCACCACAUGAAGCUUCACAAGGGCAUCAAGGAGUACGAGUGUAAGGCAUGCAACCGCAAGUUUGCCCAAAAGGUCAACAUGCUGAAACACUACAAGAGACACACAGGUGUAAAGGACUUCAUGUGUGAGCUGUGUGGAAAGACGUUCAGUGAGAGGACGACUCUAGAGACGCACAAGCUCAUCCACACAGUGGGUAAGACGUGGACAUGUGUGACCUGUGAUAAGAAGUACCUGACGGAGUACAUGCUGCAGAAGCACGUCCACCUGACCCACGAGAAGGUGGAGGCCCAGUCGUGUCACCUCUGCGGGACCAAGGUGUCCACCCGCGCAUCCAUGAACCGACACCUGCGGCGCAAGCACCCUGAGGUGGUGUCUGUGAGAAUCGACGAGUUCGACGACCUUCAGGAAACUUCGACAAUCAAUGAUUCGUCUAUCAGCAUAGUGCAGCCCACUCUGACCCUUGAAAAAGACGGCGUGUCUCAGGAGAGGCCGAGCCGACCGUUCCGACACCCCAAGAAGAAGCAGAGAGUCCCGGCCGAGCCGGAGCUCUCCGAGUCCGACGAGUACGUAGAUUUCCCUGAGCCGAGGCACGAGCCCAUGGCGGAGUUCAACGCCGUCAUCGUCGGUGAUGAGACAGAGACGAGCUCUGCUGUGCAGAGUAUCCAACAGGUGGUGGUCCUCACCGACCCCAGCGCUCCAUCGGCCUCCUCCCCCAACAGCUCGGUGGGGCUGACCAACAUCACCGUCACGCCCAUCACCAGCCACGCCCCCGCCCAGUUCACCAGCCUGCAGCCUGUAGCUGUGGGUCACCUGACGGCCAGCGACCGGCCGCUCACGCUGGACAAUUCCAUCCUCACCGUCACUUUCGACACGGUCAGCGGCUCCGCCAUGCUCCACAACCGUCCUGCUGAGCUCGUCCCAGAGACGGUGGGUCCCGGCGGAGGCGCCACCCCUCAGUCGGUCGCCCACUUCAUCAACCUCACCACUCUGGUCAACCCCAUGGGCCACCAGCUGGAGGCCCCAACUCUGGCCUGGAGGCCCGUAUCGGCUGCUGAGGGAAGCCAGGUCACCCCCGUGGUGGAGGGUCCUCAGGGGGAGAGUCAGGAGGCCCAGAACCAGGGCCCGGAUCCGGGCCGACCCGGCCAGAGCCAGCAGCCCGGCCCACAGCAGCAGAGCAGCUCCGCACAGCAGAUGUUCAGCUACUGAGCAAGAGACUAGAGGUGCUGGUCACCUCACACUCACCGACAUCGUCACAUAGUAGAGUAGAUUUUAUGACUCAACUGUACGAGCUUGAUCACUGUCACCCAGAUGCCUCUCCAGCCCCAUGGAAGUGAAUGAAACUGAAAUGAUUUUUUCCUUUCUUUUACAUACUGAGAAAACAAAGUGGCUGUUAAUAAUUAACAUGAUAUUUUUAAAAAAAAAGAGAGAGAGAGAGAGAGAAAUGGUACAUUCAGCCAAAAUCAUUGACACUCUCCUGGAAGAUUUACAUUUCAAACCAAAGCAACAUGUCGAAUAUUCAAAUGCCUUACCAGCCUUUUAAAAACAUGCAUGUUUUCAAGAUGAAUCUGCUGCUCGAACAAUGAAAUAUGGAAACGUACCAACCUGAAAACAAGACACACUGUGCAGUCGACAAGUUAAAUGAAAACACUUCUACCAGGUUGUGUGAUAAGUGGUGGUUGGCAUAUUCCUAAAAGUGGCUCUCUCAUAAAUGUUAUUUUUGAAUGCUGUAGACUGUCAUUGUUGUUGAAGUGUCUGGAAAAAAUACUGGAAGCCUUUUUGUACUGUUAUUUUUAAACAAAAGACCUCUUUAAAAAAUGGUUCUUGUUUUUAUUUGUCUUCAUAUAAAUUCAGGCGUCAACAACAGUGAUAACUGCCCACAGGAGGGGGCAUCUCCUGAGCAGUGAGGUCUGCAGUGAGACGCCAUCUGAAUCAUGAGCCAACCUGCUUCUGUUUGUCUGUUUACAGCAAAAUGACCAUCUGCUUUUAAACUCCUCACAGAUCUCAGGCCAGCAACAUGUCGGUCCUCCAGUUAGUCAGGAGCUGAAACUGACAGCUUCUCUGCAGACGGCACA